AUGAACACAGUUCCUUCUUCUACUACGAUCCUUCUUCAUUCACGCCCUUUUUUCAAAUUCAAUAAACCAUUUCGUAACAAUUCACAUCCCUCCUUCCAAAUUCUUGAACUCAAACGCAACUUCAAUUUCAAAAGUGAUUAUAGAAAAAGUUCUUGCAAAGCGGUCUUCUCCGACGAGGCACCUUUCGCCGCCGCGAUUGGUGCUUGUAUGCUCACGUCUUUGGUUUUUCCGAUACCUGUUGCCACCGAAGAAGAGGAAGAAUCGGCUAUCACUUCAACGGAUACUAGGUUGGCAGUUAUGGGAAUAAUGAGUUUCAUUCCGUACUUCAAUUGGCUUAGUUGGAUUUUUGCGUGGAUUGAUACUGGAAAUCGACGUUAUGCUAUUUACUCGCUUGUUUAUUUGGCUCCUUAUCUCAGGUCAAAUCUAUCAAUUUCGCCCGAGGAAAGCUGGCUGCCUAUUGCUAGCAUUCUCUUCUGCAUUGUUCACAUUCAGCUGGAAGCAAGCAUAAAAAACGGAGAUAUCCAAGGGUUUCAACUAUUUAGUAACAUUAUGGAUCAGCAAUCAUCUGGUACAAAGAAGAAAGGCCGUUUGAAUCGGUAUCAAGAUAUGUCUAAGGGAAGCAAGAAUGAAAAGAAAAACCUACCAUCUGCCGAAGAACAAUCAAGAGACAUCAGGGGUUGGGAAGAUUCUGAGAGGCCUUUAGAAUACAAACAACACUUGAAUGACAGCAUAGACGAUGAUGGCGAAAAGAGGAGCAAUCGCUAA